UAAAAGCCCCUAAUUUUUUCUCCGCCCAAGAGACAAAUCCUUCGCAAUCGACCAACGGAAGCUCCCGCAUCCACCGUCCAUUUCUCUUCUAACGUCGCCGGCGAUCGGUAAACCGGUUAUUCAUCCCGUAUUCAUCUCAUAUUGAGAUCGUUGGGAAGUAGAGAAUGGCGACGUUUGAGCUGUACAGGAGAUCGACGAUCGGGAUGUGUCUGACGGAGACUUUGGACGAGAUGGUUCAGAGCGGUACGCUGAGCCCUGAGCUAGCUAUCCAAGUCCUUGUUCAGUUUGACAAGUCCAUGACUGAAGCUCUGGAGAGCCAAGUGAAGACCAAGGUGUCUAUCAAGGGGCACCUGCACACUUACAGGUUCUGUGACAACGUCUGGACCUUCAUAUUACAGGACGCAAUGUUCAAGUGUGACGAUCGUCAAGAGAAUGUGAGCCGGGUGAAGAUAGUGGCAUGUGAUUCUAAGCUGCUCACACAGUGAGAUGCAAAUUCUCAGCAGGGAAUAUGCUUUCCUUUGUAAUAGAUUUUGAGUUUUUUU